AUGUUAAGAAAAAAAAAUGAAGUUACUAAAAUAGGUGCUGCAGUUAAAGAUCCAAUAAAUGUAAAAUCUUACACAAAAGAGAAUAAAAUAACCAAUAUAAAUAAUAAUAAACCAAUUGAUAAUAAGAAGAAAAAAAAGAAAAAGAAAAAAGUAACAAAAGAUAAGAUCCAAAAAGAAGAACAUGUCGAAAUAACUGAAAAAAAAGAAUUAGUAGAAAAUUAUAAAAUAAAUACAUAUGAUGAAAGUGACAACAAAAUAUCAAGUCAUAUUGUAUUAUAUAUAAAAUUAAAAGAAGAAGAAAAAUUAAAUGAUUUGCUAAAAAAGUAUUAUAAUGAUAAAUACAAUCCACUAUUUUAUAUUGAAUUUGAUAUAGAUAUAUGUAUUUAUAACAUUUUUUUCACGUUAUCUAAUUCUAAGGGUUUAUGUAUGAAUAAUAAAAAUGAUUACAUGUUGUUGAGAAAAAAACAAUCUAUUUAUUUUUAUAACAUAUUAAAUUGUAAAUGUUUAAAUACUAUAUUAUAUUACUUGAAAGAAUUUUUUAAGGACUAUCAAAUGGAUGAUUUUGAAAAUGUGUGUGAAACAUUACAGUUAACUUAUUUUUUUUUCUUUCUUUUAUGGAUAGAUACCCAUGAAUUAUAUAACAAUAUAAUAAAAAAGUUUUGUUUAGAUUCAUUUAAAAUUAUAUUUAUGUUUAAAUAUUAUUUAUACGAAAAAUAUAUAAGCUACAAUAAUAAAUGUAUCUUGAAUAAAUUUAUGUUAUUAAAUAAAAUAGAGAAUGAAAAUUAUCAUAAUGAUUUUUUUUCAUUUGAAAACAAACUAAUUUGUAAUUUGCCGUGUAACAAUGAAUUCAUAUUUGAACAUUUGAGUAUCAAGAUAUAUUCUCCUGUAAAUUUGGAGAAAAGGUAUUUUAUGAGUAUACUUAUAAAAAAUAAGUCCUAUGAAUAUAUAAACGAUAUGUUAUUUUUGGAGUUAUUCAAAGUGCAUAUAAUAACAAAUUCUAAUAUUAAUGCUAAAGAUAAAUUAAUUAAUACACAGAAUGAUAUAUCAAAUAUUUGCCAUAAUACAAUAUGUCGUGAUGUGAAUGGAACUAUAAUAUCAGCUUUUAAUUUAAAAGAUAGUUCAAGUGUGUUGUUACUAAAUGAUUAUAAAAAAAGUAUAUUUGAGUUAGAAGAAAAGAAUAAUAAUUUUAAAUAUGAGUACAUUGUUGAAAUACCUGAUUAUAUUUAUGACCAUGAUGAGGUGGAUGUAUGUUUUAUAGAAUAUAAGAAUAAUGUAAAAUAUAGGCAUUUGUGUGAAGCCGAAAUUUUGUUACAGACAAAAAAUGAAACAUUAUUUGUUAACCCUAAUAUGAUAAAAACAUACAAUGGAAUGGAUACAAAUGAAUAUAAAGAAGAAAAUAAAAGAGAAGGAUAUUUAAUUUCACCAAAUAUAGAAGAGAUAAAUAUAAUUAAUACUAAUGGAGAAAAUAAAGAAGAUAUUAUAACAACAAUGAAUGAUAAUAUUUGUUUAUUAAAUACAAACAUGGAUGAUAAUAAAAAGAUGCAAAUAGGGAAGAAUAAUGAAAAUUUAGAAAAUAACAAUAAUAUUAAUAUUAAUAAUAUGAAUAAUUGUUAUAUAAAUAGUCCCAAUAAUUUAAACCUAAAUGAUGAAUAUGAAUCAACCCUCUUAUAUAAUGAACGUUUAAUUAAUAAUAACGAAAUAAAUAUAUGGAAGGUUCAAAAUAAAAAAUUCAAAUUAAAUAAUAAGACAUAUUUAAAAAUAUAUUCAAAAAGAAUAGGAAAUUACUAUAUUAAUUUAAAUAAUAUUAACAAUAUUCCUUAUAAAAAUUGGAGUAUUGAAUUUAUGGAUAAUAUCAUAAUAAUAAAAAUAAAAAAUAAAAUGGAUAUAGAAUUUGUAUUUCAUAUAACGAGUUAUGGUAUAUUACUUAUAGAUAACAAGAUAGAUAUUUUAAAAGAUUUAUAUAAUAUCUUUUUGGAUGUACCAAUGUUACUUUUAUUAAUGAAAAAAAAGGGAAUAAACUUUUUGAUUACUAAUAUAGAAAUACAGAAAAUAAUGUGUGAAAAAUAUUUUGUAGAAAUAGAUAAAACAGAGCAAAAUAUAAUUCAUGAUAUUUUAUUAUCUUUUAAAUUUAUGAAUUUUUAUUCAUCUAAUGAAAAAUUAGAUAACUCAAGAAUGAUAAUCAAAUUAAAGGUGAAUGAAACAAAUGUUAUGAACAAAUUAGGCGGUAUAUUAAAUGAAUCUAUAGAUAUAAUUUAUGGAAAGACACACUGCAGAAUUUACAUUACUGAAAUGAAUGAAUAUCAAAAGAAGCUUAAGAAGCAUUUAAUAAAACAUACGUCUUUAUUAUUUUGCUUAUUCGAAUUAUGUGAAUACAUAUAUUUGUUUCAUCAUAAAAAAGAAAAAAUAAUAUUAAGUGAAAAUAAUAAACACGAAAAAAAUAUGCAGGAUCGAGAAGAUGAUAAUGAGGAAGAUAAUAAAAAUGAUAUAAAAUAUUUACAAAAUUUAUUAAUUAAUAUAUUUAAUUAUAAUAACAUUAAAAAAAUUAAAAAUGUAACAAAAGAAAAUGAUAACAAUAUUAAUUAUACAAUACCAAAUGAAAAUAUUAACAUAAUGGCGGAUCAAUAUAAUGAUAUCCUCAAUUUUAAUGAGAUGACAUAUCAUUUAUAUUUAUUCUUAAAACUCACCAAAAUGGUUUUAUUAACAAAUAUAUAA